AAAAAAUGGAUCGGUAGCUAAAAGAGAUAAUUUAAAGCGAAAAACGCAAAGAAAACGGCUUUUGUCCGCUAUUUCAGCGAUUUUUUUUGUGUUGUAAUCAGCAGAAAAUUUUUAACAACAGCUACAACGACCAAACACCACCACAGUCAGUCCCAGGCAAUAACCAACAGCAAUUUUGCAAUAUUCUAUCAAAUUUUUGCAACUACAAUAACAGCAACCACUAUCAAAGCCCAAUAGAAAGCCCCCACAAAGGAAAAGUGAAAAGCAGAUUCAUUUUAAUUGAAAAUAGAAGGAAUAUUCAAUUUUUUGCUCGCUUUUCCCGAUGUGAUGAGAAAAUCCAACAAUAACAACCACAAUUACCAACAACCGACCGACAACAGUGCAGCGCAGCCAACGCCAGCAGAGCAGCAGCUGCCAAACAGUGGCUAAAAAUUGUAUUGCCAAAUUAAAUUUUCCUUCAAACAUUUUUUCAUGCUGCUGCGCAAUUCGCAACGACGCCGACUGCAAUUACAGCAACAUCAACUGCAGUAGCUAGAAUUCAAAUCAUUUCUUGGCAGAGCAGCAGCAGAAAAAUCUUUUCAUCAGCCACCAUUUUGAAUGAGCGCAGCAACAACAACUAACGCCGCAGCCGCAGCAGAGAGAGCGAGAGCACAGCGCAGCAGCGACGUUGACGUCAACAUUGUGUCUUAUUAGCGUCGAGUAAGAGCGGUGAGGAGGUGCAGGCCCAAGCAUUGCAGCUGUUAGACCGGAAAAAUUAAAACAAAACAAAAAGCAGUGCGUGCAUUUGCUUGCUUGUGCGAUUGAAGCAGAGAGACUGUGUGAGUGCCAAUUGUUUAAGGGAAAAAACCGAAAGGCCAAAAAAAUGGUUGAGCGCAUUUUGGAGGAGAAAAAUACCAGCACAGCUGCUGCCAAGGAGUUUGCGUCGCUGCGACGCAACACCGGCUGCGGCAGCAGCAGCAGCAGCGCAAACAACAACGCUAGCGGCUCCGCAGACAGCGGCGUAGGCGGCAGCAAUGUCUCUUGCAGCAACACCGACAACAGCUACAGCCAAAGUCAAUCAGACGGUCAGAAUGAGUUAACGCGCUACAGCAGCGAAGAUGUGUCCGGCAACGAGUCAAGCGAAGCGCCCAAUAUGACCGAAGUGGAGCGUCAGGCGGAGCUCAAUCGGCACAAGGAGGAGAUGCAAAAGAAGAGGCGUAAGAAACGCAUCAGCUCCUCGAUGCACUCGUCAACAUUUCAGGAGCUGUACAAGCUGACGGGCGAAAUACUGGGCGAGGGCGCGUAUGCAUCGGUGCAAACAUGUGUUAACAUUUACACCGAUCUGGAGUAUGCUGUGAAGGUUAUCGAUAAGAUACCGGGACAUGCGCGUGCGCGUGUCUUUCGCGAAGUGGAGACAUUCCAUCACUGUCAGGGACAUCCGGGCAUCUUGCAAUUGAUCGAGUUCUUCGAGGAUGAUGAGAAAUUCUAUUUGGUGUUUGAGAAAAUUAACGGCGGCCCAUUGCUGACACGUAUCCAGGAGCAUAUCUGUUUUUCGGAGCAUGAGGCGGCGCAGAUCAUUAAAGAGAUCGCGUCCGGCUUAGAUUUUCUGCACAAGAAGGGCAUUGCUCAUCGUGAUCUCAAGCCAGAGAAUAUAUUGUGCGUAAAAACAGAUUCGCUGUGCCCAAUUAAAAUUUGUGAUUUCGAUUUGGGCUCUGGUAUUAAGUUCACCACGGACAUUUCAUCGCCAGCCGCCACGCCGCAGCUAAUGACACCAGUCGGCAGCGCCGAGUUUAUGGCGCCCGAAGUUGUCGAGCUGUUUGUCGGCGAGGCCAACUAUUAUGAUAAGCGCUGCGAUUUAUGGUCCUUGGGUGUUAUCGCGUACAUUUUGCUUUGUGGCUAUCCGCCAUUUUCAGGCAAUUGCGGCGAGGAUUGCGGCUGGAAUCGCGGUGAAAACUGUCGCACGUGCCAGGAGCUGCUUUUUGAGUCCAUUCAAGAGGGACGUUUUUCCUUUCCGGAAGCCGAGUGGCAUGAUGUGAGCGAUGAGGCCAAAGAUUUAAUUUGCCGUCUGCUAGUUAAGCAGGCUUCCAAGCGUCUCAGCGCCGAAGCGGUGCUCCAUCAUAAUUGGAUACGCAUGUGCGAACAGGAGCCACCAGUAAGCAAGCAGGCGGGUCGCCAUAAGGCGCUUCAAACGCCCAACAAUAUAAGACGCAAUCAUCAGUCUGCGCGUGAGAUCUCGCAGUUUGCCGAGUCUGCAAUGGCCGUGAAGCGUGUGAUCCUGCAGCAUUUUUCGAUGCGCUACGAUUAUAUGAAGGAGCGCCCGAAUAUCUAUCAGCCGUCGCAGGCCUACAUGGAUGCGUAUAGCGAUGAGAAUUAUAAUCCAAAGCCGCCGGCUCAUUUCACACGCAGCCGCUCGCAGCGCAAGGCAACAGCAGCUGCUGCCGCCGCCGCCCCCGCCUCAUCGUCCAGCUAUGGCGGCCGCUUGUCUACGGCUCAGCGGAACGCCAGCAGCAGUCUCAGUCGUCAAUCUUCAAGGAAUGCCUCCGGCAUAUUUAACAACAGUGGUGGCUUUAAGACGCUCAAUGUGCAUGAGGAGGAUGACGAUGAUGAUGAGGCGCUGGAGGCUUUUGGACGCCUGGACGAAGGUGUCGACGAUGAGUGGGCACAGGCGACGCGUCGCUAUGAGGAGCAACGUGAGCUGCAACAGCAGCAGGAGAAACAUCACCAAAUUGGCCAUGGCAGCCGCAGCGAGGCUGAGGGCGACGAGAUGGAGGAUGAUGAAGGUUAUGAGUUGGGAGAGGAGGAGAGAGAUGGCGAGAACUAUCAGCACUACAAGCAUUAUUGGCGCGAGCUGGACGAAGAUGAGGGCGAUGAUUAUCUUUAUGAGCAGCAGCAGCGCGUGGAUGACAUAGCUGAAGAAGAUGAGUACGACGAGGGCGAGGAGGAGGAUGAGGAGGAGGAGGAAGCUGACAAUCGAAAAGAAUUGAAAGCCAAAGUUGAUGAGAACGAAGAGGUAAAAGUAGUAGAAAAGGAGCAGAAAAUGGAUAAUGAGAAAGAGGAGGAGGAGGAGAAGAAAGAUAAACUUAUUAUUGAUAAUAUGGAAAAAUCGAAGCAAAGCGAAUUUGCUUUAACAACAACAACAAUGCGCAACAAUGCGCAGGAGAUAGAAAUGUUUAAGGAUGAGGCGAGGCAGGAGAACGAUGAUGUUGAUGGGGCUAAAAAGCAACAAACAGCAUCAAGUGAUAUUAGUGCUACUACAAUCACCAACACCAACACCAAUACCAACAGCAGCAGCAACAAAAAGCAAGCAACACCAGUUACAGCAGCAACAACAACUGGCAAUGAAAGGGAUAACGAUUACGAUAAUGAUGAUGAUGAUAAUGAUGAUUAUGUUAAACUAUUGGAUAGUAUUAGUGAUUUAAAUGAAAAGCUACCUGAAAUUUAUGAGACUGCAAAUAUUGUUGUCAACUCGGCGGCAGUGCCAGCAGCAACAACAACAACAGCAGCAGCAGCAAGUGCAACAUGCCCACCAAAAGAUAAUAACCAUGUUAAUGAUUCGAAAGCGCCGACAGCUGCAGCUGAGGGGACAACAAUGCGAACGACUUUUGGCAAACAACAACAACAGCAGCAGACAGAACAACAACAACAUCUGCCUGCUGGCAACACCAACAAACAACAGCGAAAUGUUUACUUUGCAUUGGAUGCAUAUCAAAAUGACGAGGACGCCGACAUUGAUGAGGAGGAUGACGAUUACGAGGACGAUGACGAUGAUGAGCACGAGCUGAAGCUAACUGGAAAUGGUUUUAAGGCCACGCCACCUGCCAUUUGCAACGCUUACACGCGCAAGCAACGGCAGCAGCAACAACAGCGCUAUAUAGCACCACGGCCCGAACAGCGGCUAGAGAACUGGCGCUAUCGCAGCAGCCAUCAAUCGGAGCAGCCGCAGCAGCAUACACUUGUUGCCGCCGGCGGUUUUCGCAAAUAUCGUCCACCAUUUAGCACUGGCGGCGGUGGCGGCCACUAUGGCAAUCAGCAGCGCAACUAUUUGGGCAGCUUCUCGCACAGCGGCGGUGCCGCUGGCUACAAAGUAACGCCAACACCAGCACCACCGCUGGCGGUAAAGCAACAGCAGCAGCGGCACAACAGCGCCGGGAGCAGCAGCGGCGGUUCGCCACCAUCCGAUGAGCAUUCGCCCGCCACGCAGAUACGCAACUGGCGCCAGGACUGCGUCUAUGCGCCGAUGCGCAGCUGCGGCAUGAACCAGCCCAGAGGCUUGCAACGCGCCCAUCAACAGCAGCAGCAGCCGCCUGGGCGCAUUGGUUCCGGGCGCUUUGCGCACUCAUCGCAGGUGCCGCCACAUCUGUUGGAUGAGCCGCCCACAUUGGGCAUAGGUCUGUCGCCGCCCAGCGAGAGCCUACUGCUGCAAAGGCGCAUGCGUCAGCAGCAGCGACCCGGUGACUUGCCCGAAUACUGUGAGACCGCAACGGCCAGUGGCUAAACGGGCGCUGGAACCACAACAUCCACAACAACAAGAGCAGCUGUACCGGGCGUCGGCUGCUUGUGGUCAGCAAAGUGUUUGGCCCGAAAUUGUGGAAAAUCUUGCGGCGUUUUGGCCAAAAAAAAAAAGGAACAUGUUAAAUGUUUUCUUUUUUUUUCCGGUUUUUUUUUUUUGUU